CUAAAUCGAGCCCUGGUAGUUGGGUCUUUUUAUAUUUGAUGUAUCUUUCUUUUAAAGUAGAGUUCUGUUAUUGAGACAUAAAUUCAUUUUACUGUUAAAAUCACCAAACAGUGGAGUGCACUGUCUUACAAACAGCUCUUGUUUGUUGAUUUAUUUGUUCCAACAUUUCUGUCGUGGUUAUAUCUUAGCCACCACUAGGGUCAACACAAGAUCACUAGGUCAGAUGAUAGAGGAAUAAUCUGCUUGAAAGAUUGGUCAGAAUGAAAUCAAACAAAAGUGGGAUGGCAGCAACAUAAGAGUACUAAGAAAAAAGAAGGUUGGAAAACGAAAGUUUAAUCUGAGGAAUAUUUACAGUUAUGAGAGACGAUCAUAUGUAUACCCAAAGCUGAAGUCAAGUACCAAAACUUACUGUGUUUGCCGUAAACAAGACGAUGGCAGGAAAUACAUGCAAUGUGAAAACUGUGAUGAGUGGUUUCAUCCAGAGUGUGUCGGUGUCACCAAUGAACCAGAGGCUUUCUUUUGUAGCAGCUGUUCGCAUGUGGAGGAACCUAAAGAGCAACAAGAUCAACAAGACAAACAAGAGGAAAGGAAUGAAGACAAAAAGAUUAAAAAAGUGCUUGUGGAGCAGGUACAAAGACAUCUUUAUUUCGAAAUCCGUGGAUGACAUUAUUAGAAAAUGCUUCAAGAAUGCCAGGGUUACCUCCAGAAAUUUGCCACUCAGGCAUACAGUGCUGUCCUGAAAGCGAAGACAAGGGGUGAUUGUAACACAGUACCGGAGGAACUUUACACCUAUGAAUUGAUUCAGAAUGAAAGUUCAUCUUCA